UAACUAUUUCAAUGCGUUUAAAUAGUUUCCUUAAAGCUGUUUUAAAACAAAUAAUGAUUUUAUUUUAUUAUUAUAGUUCGUGAUAGAGACCAACAUGGCGGCGCCCAUGAGAUGUUUGAUUUCUCGCAGUUCUGCUUUUCUUUUUACAAAAUGUGUCAAAACUGGCGUUCAAGUGUCAUCUCUCCGUCGGUUCCAUCUCUCGUCGAGUGUCUUCUACCCAGCAGAAUUUGAUCCAAGCAUUUUAGACACCGUGGUUUGUCCGCUAUCAAAGAGCCAACUGCGGUAUGAUGUGGAGGCCUCUGAACUGGUUAACGACGAACUAGGAGUGGCAUACAAGAUUAUUGAUGGGAUUCCAAACCUCAUACCAGAAGAUGCUCGCAUGAUCAAACAAGACAAGGAUUCAGCAGACAAGAACUCGGAUCAAACCAAGAAGGAAACAUAGCAGAGUUGUGGAGAUGACUACCUAUGACUUCUGUGCAUGAACAGUAGAUAGUACUUCAUCACUCACCAGAGCUCAAGUGGAGGAGGCCCACAGCAUGCAUGCCCCAGUAGUGCAUACGACUGGAUGCCAUGGGAAUUCAUUAGGAGGGCCUCCCAGUGGUCUCUCCCAACUUGUUGUAGAUGCUGUGUCAAACUUGUUCAUGUAUGUAGUCUUCCACAACAGAUACAACUGACUGUGUGUGACCCUUCUUGGAGACCAGUUUAGAUCAAUCAAGGUUUAAGAUCAAUCUUCUGCUAUUCAAUUCCUAACACCUUAUUUGUAUCUUUACUUGUAAUCAAUAUAACUACCGGGGUGUGUUUGGAAGAGAAUGAUUGCUCCAGUCAGAAUGGAAUGUUGUGAUCGUUCUGCAUUCGGUAUUUCAUUUAAGUCAAGAUGACUAGAUUGUAGUCACAACUGAACCUGGCUAUGUGUAAAGUAGGACAUGGUGUACUGCUGCUUUUAUGCAUUAUUCAUAAAUACCUUAAUUUACCCAUUUGUAUUGAUCGAGAGGCCGUCACGUGGGUGAUUUUAAACGGUUGAUAGAACACCAACUGGUUUUAAACACUUUUUUCCCCCAGUGUCACAUGAAAUUUUGACUUCUAUGUAAUCUGGUCCCUUUUACCCUUUUAUUGGUUGAACCCUCACACGUGACCAGUCACUCUCCUAAUUAGUCUGUAUUUCAUAGAGUCCUAAAUUCACACUACACCGGCACCGCUGCGUUCUACGCCACAUCUUGCAGUACGCGCCACUCGCGCACCAAUCUCCAUGGAGAUUUUUAGUGCUAAUGCGAGGUACGUACCAUAAACAUAGCUAGAGGGGUGUUUCACAAAACACGAGGUAAAAUAUUUGAAAAAGAUUGUUGGAAAUAUAUAAUUUUUUGACAUGACAUGACCGAAAGGUAUUUAUGAAUGGGAAUAAGUAUGUGCUUGGCUGGUAUUAAACAAGUACGUUUAGUAUCCGUGUCUAGGCCCCUAUCCGAUACUUCUGUUAUUUGUUUAAAACUGGCCAUGCACAUGUUUAUUCCCUUAUUUAGUAACUUUAAAAUAAAUCACACAAACAAACAUACAAUACCAAAACUUGAUCUAAAUAAAAGACCAUUUAUUUACCACCUUUACUUUGAAGUAAGACGGGUGCCAGAUCUACACUUUCAUAUUUCAAGUAAUCCAUUGUAAGGAAAGUGAACAUAAACAUUCAUCACGACUGUUUUGCCAAAAUAAUUUCAAUAUUUUUCUGAAAGUAAAAACAGCUAUGCAUUGGAAUGAGGAGUUGACUUAACUUUCUGCAGUUAAAAUACCCUAUAAAAGGAUCCAGUUCUAAUUCUGUAGUUAGUGUGAUUAACUAAAUCUACACAAACGGUGUUAUGUACAAACCAUAAACAGUUCAAAAGUGAAAUAAAAUUAUUACAAUAACUUGAAAAA